AAUAAGUUAAUCCUUUUUCAAUGUAAAAAAUAGAGUUUUCUCAAACAAACCUACUUUUUUUAUUCUUUAACCACAAUUGUAAAGGCAUAGUUAGCAUUCUCAUUUUCAAAAUAUUCUUGCUUUUCAUCUUUCCUUUUCACACUUGGAUAAACACUAUAUAACAUUAACAUUAAACCAAUCUUCUGUGGGCACCAAAAUCUUCUUAGCUUUAGCUUCUUUUGAGUAGUAAACAAUUCUAUGGAAAACAACAACAGUUCAUCAAAUUCUUCUGUGUGCACCAAAAUCCGUCAUGUCUUUGCAAGCAAUCCUGCUCUCCAAGCAAUUCAAAGAAUCUCAAGCAUCAAUCAAGAACACAAACAAAUCCCCAAUGGUUCAAAUUAUCCAUCAUCAAAUCCCAAGACUAGUAUUGUCCAAACCAAACCACAUCACAAGUCUCAAACAGAAACAUCAUCAGAACCAAUCCAUAUCAAGUUUGAUUAUUCAACACCUACAUACAAAGAGAAAGGACACUCAUCGGCAGUUUCAACUGUUGGAAAUUCAGAACAUGUUCCCAAGAAAGCAGUGACACACAAUGGUAAUCAACAAGGUAAGGAAUCAGUGGAUAUAAAUGACACUUUCAAAGAAUUCAUUCAACGUGCUAAGAAGAAAAUCAGAACCAUGUCGACUAUCGGUCGGGGUCAGAACAACCCUACAGCUGAACCAGAUCAUGAAAUCCAUCAUGGUACCACUACUGCUGGCAAAAAUGAAAGCCAUGAAGACCAUUUUCAGGACUUCAUUCACCGCGUUGGGAAGAAGAUCAGAGCCACAACCAUGAGAAGAAAUUAAGAAUUUGAUUAUUGAAAAAGGGUGUGUCAAAAGAAUGUUGAUUAGUAAGCUGGUGUUGGUAAAGUGUCGUGUUAAGUAACUAUUAUCUAAUAUAGGUAACUGAGUGCAGAUAAAAAUAAGAUCAGAGCCUAUUAUGGUUUGCAAGCCUAAUAUUUAUUUCAUAUCUCAUAUUUGUGCUAAAUUGUAGACUUAACUUUUAAUUCUACUUGUGGAUUGUGAAAUCUAAUGAUUACAAUAUGACAUGUUAUCAUUGAA